AUGAUCAACACUUACCAGACCAGCAUGCCUCCACCACCUAUUCCCCCACGGCUAGGCUCUGUCAUGUCGGCACCAGGACCAGGCCACAGCAAACCUCUCCUCAAAUUCCUCAUUGGUAUGAUAGUGCUUCAAAUGGUUCUGCUACUGGGGGGAUUCGCCUACCUGUACCACACGGACAACAAGUAUCACGAGGACCUUGAACGCAAGUACCUGGAUGAUAUGAUCGUCCUGAAGAGACUGGAAGAGUGUGAGAAAGACAUCCAGUCAGUGUUGGACUGUAAGACGCUUGUGGAGAAAUACAAAAGCAUCCUGGCAAAGGUCUCACAAAAGGAAGGAAGAGCUGCUAAACUCACUGGGGGUGGGCCCUCGUAUGGAGCCAUGGCACGCAUGAUCGUCAAGCAACCUGUUUCUGGUGCGCCUCCAAGUAAGAGAUCAAAGUAUCUGGAGUGGAACAUAGGCCACUCAGUGCGGAGGAACGUCCAGUACUACAUGUCCAGCUGGCUGAAGGUGCUGCAGCCUGGAGACUACAACAUCUACUCCCAGGUGGCCUUCUCCAAAUGGCACCCCAAAACCCCUCUGGCCAGCCGGGUGAAGCUAAGGAAGGGGGAGACGGGAGAGGAGAAAGACCUGAUGACAGCCUACUGCAGCCUGGGGGACCAGGAUCAUACAGACGUGUGUACAGCUUUCCAGGGAGGAGUGUUCAGUCUGGAGCCAGACGAUCAGCUUAGUGUGUGGGUGACGGACCCCAGCCUAGUCAACUAUGAGGAGGGGACUACCACCUUUGGAUUGUACAAGCUGUAGGCUGGUCAUCACAAUGGACAUUGCCUACAGUAUGGAGAUGAUGGACUGCGUUACUUUGGAUUAUGCCUGUUUUUGGAGCGAUGAAUGGAAUCAAGGCCAUGUAAGUGGUUGGAGUGGGACAGAACUGAAAACAAAUCUGCUAAAUGGAUCUAAACAUGGACUAGACCAGUGGUUCCCAAACUUUUUAUAGUCCCAUACCCCUUCAAACAUUCAACCUCCAGCUGCGUACCCC